CCUGGGCUCGGGGCCGCUCGCGCGCUGCGGCUGCGAGGCUGGUGGGAGCCGGCUGGAGUCCCGCCCCCGUGUGCGUCACUUCCGCAAGGGGCGGGCGGGCGCGCGAAGCAGCGGGGCCCAGCGCAGCGUCGGGGUCGGGGUCGCGCCCGGCUCGCAGCUGCCGCCUGCGGCCAUGUCGGGCUCGGUCAGCCCCGCCCGCGGCUCGGGCAGCCCCGCCCUGGCCCCGUGCCAGGCAGGCUCAGAGGACGAGGCUCUGGAGGAAGAGCUGAUGGAUGGCGACGGGUCCCGCCCCUGGACCCCGCAGGAGAAGGCCCUGCACGAAGCUCGGCUCAAGGCCAAGGCCAAGCGGCGCCUGCGGCGCACCUCAUCCCGGGACUCCACCCGGGAGCCGGCACCCGAGGGGGGGGAGCCCAGCCCUGACCCCAGCAGCCCCAAGGGCAAGACCAACGACAGGAAGUCGCGCAUGGGCAAGGGCCGCGGGCUCCCCAAGAAAGGUGGUGCUGGGGGCAAGGGUGUGUGGGGUGCACCUGGCCUGGUGUACGGGUACCAGGAGCCUGACGCUCGGGACCCCAACUACGACGAGUCAUCUCAGGGCGACACGGUCUAUGCCACGGUGACACCGGAGCUGGAGGAGGGGGAGCUGGAGAAGAACGUGCACCCCAUGGUGCUGGAGUACUUUGAGCAUGGGGACACCCUCGAGGUGAUGGAACUGCUGAAGGAGCUGAACCUGGGCACCAGGAAGCACGCCGUCCCCUCGCUGGCCGUGGCACUGGCGCUGGAGGGCAAGGCCAGCCACCGGGAGCUGACCUCCCGUCUGCUCUCUGACCUCGUGGGCAAGGUCAUGACCUCGGAGGAUAUCGCCAGGGCCUUUGACAAGAUGCUCAAGGACCUGCCUGACCUCAUCCUGGACACUCCUGAGGCUCCACAGAUGCUGGGCCAGUUCAUUGCCCGGGCCGUGGCUGACCACGCGCUGCCCCUGGACUUCCUGGACCGCUACAAGGGGCGCGUGGACUGCGAGCAUGCCCGGGCUGCCCUGGACCGUGCCGCCGUUCUGCUCCGGAUCAAGCGGGACGUGAACCGAUUGGACAACGUGUGGGGAGUGGGGGGCGGCCAGAGGCCCGUGAAGCAUCUCAUCAGAGAGAUGAGCCUGCUGCUGCACGAGUACCUGCUGUCUGGGGAGGUGUCAGAGGCAGAGCACUGCCUGCGGGAGCUGGAGGUCCCUCACUUCCAUCACGAGCUGGUCUAUGAGGCUGUCGUGAUGGUGCUGGAGUCCACAGGCGAGACUCCCGUCGUCAUGAUGGUAAAACUGCUCAAGGUGCUGUGGGAGACCGGCCUGGUGACCCUGGACCAGAUGAACCGGGGCUUUCAGCGAGUCUAUGACGAGCUUGGAGACAUCAGCCUGGAUGUGCCCCUCGCUCACCGUAUCCUGGAGCGGCUGGUGGAUCUCUGCUUCGAGGAGGGAGUCAUCACCAAGCAGCUGAGAGACACCUGCCCGGCUAGGGGCCGGAAGCGAUUUGUGAGCGAGGGUGACGGGGGGCAGAUCAAGCAGUAACGGGCCGUCUCGUCCCCCCCAGCCCCAGUCCCCUGGAGGUGAUUGAUAUCCCCCAGCCCUGGAGCUCAUCCUUGUCUGUCUCCAGCUGGGAACGGCACCAGGGAACCACCCAGCGCCAGCUCCCAGGGGGGGCGGUGCAGAGGCUGUGAUGGAUCUUGGGGGGGGAGGGAGGGAAGUAAGGUGGGGUCCAGGAGCAGGGAGGGUCUGGUGGGCUGAUCUCCCAGCUGGGACAAUGCUGGAGGUGGAAUGCGGGGCUAGGCACACCUGCAGGACUCUCGCCCCCUCCACUUCCCUGCAGCCCCAGCUGCGAGAUGCCCCUCCCUCGCCUAGUGGGGCUGCGUGUCUUAACAACCAUGCUGUGUCUGUGCCCCCCCCAAGCUUGGCUCCCCUUGGCUCCAUGCAGUGGGGUUAGCAGUGGGCACCCCCCUCACCAGCCUCCUAUGCUGGCUAGUUCAGGAAAGGGCCUGGUGCUUACUCUACCCUGGGGGCUUUGGGAUUCCUUCCUUCCCCACAAUGGAGCCACUGAGGUCACCCAGUGUGUCAGUCCAGCUGGGGGGCCCUGGUGACGCAGGCCUGGAUGUAACUCCAGCUGCAGCGUGCUCCCUGGUGCCCCCCCUUUCCACACCAGGGCAUGGCAGGGAGCCCAGAGCUUGGCCUGCAGAAUGGGCUGGGUAAGACCAGCCUGUCUUAGGGGGAGGCAGCGUGUCCUUACUCUGCCCCGGGGGACGGAGUUGGGGGCUUGCCAGAGACAUGCCCAGGCCUCUGCCUUGUGCUGGGCACCCAGCCAUACAGGACAAGCUGCUUCCUUGCACCUUAUGCCAAGGGCCAGGAACAAUCUCCAGAGCAAAGGAUUCUGGGUCACACCAAUCAGCUUGCCUCAUGGGCAGUGACACAGGUAAGGGGGCCACACCGUCCUCCCCACAUCUCAGCUCUGCUCCUCUUCUAAGCAGAGAUCCACAUAAGGACUGCCCCAGAGGCCAGCCUCAGCUCUGCCCCUAAGGUAAUCAGCUGGGCAUUACCCACAAUCCACUGCCCUGUACUUACUUUACUACCCUACAGUGACUCAUCACAGUGCACCAACCACGGGUAGGGGCUGCAUGCGGGAGCACCGGGCGUGAGAGCUGGAGUGGGGGGUUUCUGCCUGGCCUAAGGGAGCCCAGUUGACAAAGGGCAGGUAUUUGAACGGUGUGGAGCUGGGGAGCCUGUAGGACUAGGGUGGCUGGGGGUAUCUCAGGGAGGUGAUGGGCUUGGCCUCAUCUCCCAGGGCAGGGGCCUUAAACCCCAGCGCUUGAGCAAGGUGGGACCUGUGGGGCCACUCCAGCUCUGCCUUCCAGCACCCUGAGGAGGCUGUGGUCCCCUGGUAGGCCCCGCUGUUGGGCUGGGGCACAGCAGGGCGUCAGCAGCUGGGUGCUGAGGUGCCCCAGCAGUGGAUGGCCCUCCCUGGCUUGAGCAGGGGAAAGGGGCAGCGCUGAGGCAUAAACAGAAUAAAGAUGUGUCCAAAGGAA